AUGCAAGCCCGCCCCGACACCCAUUAUUUCACGCCCCAUGACUACCGUCUUUGGUGCCAGCGGUUCGCCGUUGGAUUGAGAAAAUCGGGAAUAAAAACAGGCGAUCGUGUCCUUCUAUUCUCUCCGAAUGACUUGUUCUUCCCUGUGGUUUUCAUGGGGACUGUGAUGGCUGGUGGCAUCUUCACCGGUGCAAAUCCCACAUACACCCCAAGAGAGCUGGAAUACCAGUUAAAGGACAGUGGAGCAAAGUAUCUCCUGUGCGCCGACGGAAGUCUGGAUACUGGUAUCGCAGCUGCAGAGUCCAUCGGUAUGGGCCUGGAUAGGGUAUUCAUAUUUAAUAGUGCAGUGUUUGAUGGUACGGGGAGUGGUGCCCGGGGUUGCCAUUACUGGGGAGACCUCAUCGCAUCUCCUGCUGAAGGCAGCCGGUUCGUCUGGGAGUCGUUAUCAGCUCCCGGUGAAUCCAAUCAAACCUUGGCCUUGAACUAUUCAAGCGGCACAACUGGUCUCCCCAAGGGGGUAGAGAUCACUCAUAGAAACUAUGUGGCCAACCUCUUUCAAUUCGACCAUACCGGCUCUCUCCACCACGAAUAUACAAAUAAGACUGCUAGGUCCAGAUGGCUUUGUUUCUUACCGUUGUAUCAUGCCAUGGCACAAAACUUUUUCAUAGCGUCCGCACUCCGGCGAGGUAUCCCGGUAUAUAUCAUGGCUCGGUUUGAUUUCGUUCAAAUGUUGGAAAAUAUCCAGAAAUUCCGCAUCAAUGAGAUACUCACUGUUCCACCCAUCAUGAUUGCACUAGCAAAACAUCCCCUGGUGAAGAAAUACGAUCUCAGUAGCUUGGAGUCAAUUGGAUCCGGAGCUGCUCCAUUAGGAAGAGAAAUCAGUGAGGAAGUUGAGUCCAUGUUUCCUCCUGGGAAACUCAAUGUCAGGCAGGGCUGGGGUAUGACCGAGUGA